AUGGAGGCCACGAACGACGAGGUGCAACCUCUGGUGCAGCCCGAUGCGGAUGCCAAGUCGGCGCAAACGUCAACGGCCGUGACUCAUUGUAACAACAACAGCAGGAUUCGCAAAAGGUUCGUAACCGUAGACGAGGAGUCCGCGGCGACGGCGAACCUCGUAACCAAAGAGGACAAUGGUGCACUCGAGUCGCGCGACAGUAUACCAUUGAUGACUUUGUCCGAUUCUACGAAAGCGUGGUACGACGAUGACUUGCCGCGAAUAUCAGACAUCGCUGACGUGGUUGUGUCCAGUAAACAAAACAAAGUGCUGACUCGCGAUGGGAAUGACCACGACUCGAACGGCAGUAAUGGAACUGUCACCGAGAUGGUUGACGAUCCGUUGACGAGUCGCGAAAAGACAAAGAUAAGCGUUAUUCGUGGUAGUGUCGCCAAUCCAAAUCUCACCUUGGGCGAGCUGAAACGACUUGGCUGCAGCAGCGAAGGCUUCGUUACUGAUGAUAUACGAAGGGUUCUGUGGCCAAAACUCUUGAGACUAGUGCAAAAGGAAUCUAUACCAGUUAAUGGAUUAGAAACUAUACAUACUUGCAUACCAAACGAGGUUUACCAACAGAUAUUAAAGGAUGUGGCACGUAGCGGCAGUCAUAUUUCACAUAACGCAACGGAAGAAGAAACUGAGAGUUUUCAAGAACAACUGACACAACUUAUGUGUUGGGUACUUCACAGGCAUUCCCGAUUAAAUUACUACCAGGGAUACAAUGAUGUGGCAGCAACUGUAUUGCUUGUGAUGGGAUUGCAAGCAGGUUUGUAUGUGCUUGAAAGAAUAUCACUAACGUUUCUGGAGAGAUUCAUGGAAGAAACUAUGGAGAAAGUCAAUCAGGAAUUAUUCUAUAUAUUUGCAUUGUUGGAACGAGUACAUCCAACUUUGUUAGACCAUUUAGAGAAUGUUGAACUAUUUCCACAUUUUGCUCUGGCUGAAUAUACAACAUGGUAUGCACAUAAAUAUGCAGAAAACAGGAAAUUGUUACAUAGAUUAUUUGAUUACUUUCUUGGUAGUCCUCCCCUUAUGCCUCUCUAUUUAAGUACAGUUAUUGUUGCACAUAGAGCUACUGAAAUUUUCAAUACUACACCAGAUAUGGGACAUACACAUAAAGUAUUAUGCACGUUACCAGAUGACUUGCCAUUUGAGACACUUUUAAUGGAAGCAUAUAACUUAUAUCGACAAUAUCCUCCCGAAUCUAUCAGUAAUGAUGUUAAGGAUUAUGAUCAAAAAAGGAAAAUUAAAGAACAAGAAUGGAAGGCAUUGGCAGAAGCAAGUCGUCAAGACAGAGAGAGACAACGAAAGUUAAAAGUUGCUCUAUCAAAACCAAGAAUAUCUUAUCGUAUCAAAAGUUACAAAACCAUUACUGUUGUGACCAUUUUAGCUUUGGGAUUAUAUGCCUUCAUAAAAACCUCAGGAAUUAACUGACAUUAAAAGAAAUCUUUCACUUACUGUGAAAGUAGAAUUUUUUAACAUCUUUUGUAAAACGAAGACUUUGGUACAUCUUUGGUAUGUCACUGAGUGAAAGUUUAAAGAUGUUAAGUCAUUUGCAAACUUUACCAAAGUAAUGAACGCGCAAGAAAUAUAUGUUUACUAGGAAUAACCGAAGAAUUUGGUUAUCGAUGUUUGAGGAAAUCUUUUCCAGAAGAGGUGAAUCAGAACUUUGCAUUCCUAUGCUGCCUUUAUGCUGUGUUCUUUGAAAAGGUCUUGAACUUUCUGUGCAUAUAUUUAUGUUAACCUUUACACUGCGAACAAUUCGGACACAAAAUGCAGUUUGUAUGGCGAACAUCUGAUAUAUAGCUGAGACUGUAUAAAUAUGCUUUUAUUAUUACAAAAAUAAAAUCAAACAUCUGUAAGUGUCGAAUAUGUAUUGCGAAUGAUACUUGUAGAGUGUCCAUAAACAUAUAAGUGUAUCUAUAAACGAUUUUUUUAAACGCUUAUAGAUGCCGAUAGCAGUGGAAGGGUUAAAAAAUAAUGAGAAUCACAAAUAUAUGUGAGUUUGUAGAAAAGCAGCAAUUUGAAAUAUAUUCAAAAAAUAUUAAAAGUUCAAAUAUAAAAUUAACGUGUCUAAUAACUUUGAAUAACAUUAUAUGUUAUAAUAUGUGAAAAAAUUUCAUACAUGUAAUGUGUGUAUAUAAGUUAAAAUUCUAUUGUUACAAUUCCUGUGAGGAAAGGACUUAUGUAUUUAGCUAAAUUUAAAAAAGAAAAUUAGAACA